AAGUCUCCUGUAAUAAAAAGCUUCUACAUUAAGUCGGGAAAGAACUUCCUAGUUCCGCCACUCGGAAGCUUUUUGGCACGUGCAAAGCGCGGUUUAGCAGAGCUGGCUCUGAGGUACCUGGCACCUAACAAAGUCUCCAGUCACCAAACUCUUAAUGGCUAAGAGGAGUUCAGGACUGGAAUUGAGUUUUAGCCCUUUGUUGAGUAAUUGACACCCUUUAAUAAUCCUAGUUCCAAAUGUUGUCAUGUUCUGCUGGUCAUCAGUCCUACAACUCCCUGUAGUUCUAAUUUUGUACUGGUUCUGUGGGAUGCUUCACACUAUAUUUUGUGCACAAGAGCCUCAUAAACUAAAGAAGGUAAAUAAUAAUAGCCAAUUCUUACAAGAGACUUAUGAAAAAAUUAAGGCCCAGAGAGAUGAACUGAUUUGCCGAAGAUCACACAGCUAGAAAGUGGCUAUGCUGGGCUUUAAAUCUUUGCAGUUGGAUUCCAGAGCCUGUGCUCUGAACCAUUAUGCUUUAAGUGUCUCUCACAUGAUGAUGAUGUCCUAUGCUGGAGAAGAUUUGGAAAACAGACAUUCAUAGACUGGUGGUGGACACAAACUGGUGCCUGGCCACCCCUCCAGGCCUUGCCUCUGGACCAGGCAAUGUGGAAGGAAGCAUUUGCUGGGAAACAAUGACCAAGACCCAAAAGGGAAAGACUUUUCUCUCCCACCGUUUCCAGCAGUCACUCCCCCCACGGCUGGGAUGGGGCUUGAUUUUCUCUUACUUAAAACCAAGAAACAAGGAGGAGUGCACCUCCGUCUCCGGUGUGCCUCCAGUCUUCCACUUCAGCCCUCAGCACUGUGCACACCUCAAGAGCCAAUAUUUGAAAAAGGCCGCAACGAACCUUACCUUCUCUCAGGAGGUGGUGUGGCAGCGAGGGCUGCCCAGCAUUUCUUAUAGCCAGUACAGCUUUGACCAUCUCUACAAUGUACACAACAUCAUCCAGCCUCCUCAGAUGAGGAGGGCCCGACCUCAGAAAUCCAUCAGCUUCAAGUUCUUGGAUUCUUCAGGUCCCUCAGCAAGGGUCACCUUCCAGGCUGUGAGGACAGAAAGCUCUGCCAAUCUUAAGAAGAAGCUGAAGGAAGCAGAGCCAGCAAGCUUAGUCCAGGAAACAUCUUGCCCUCUCAUUCUUCAAUCCUGUAGGGAUCCAGACACGCUACGUCUGUCACUUUCUCCAGAUGUGAACCUGGAGGACAGGGAAGCCUGGCUUCCGCCGGCUGAGAAGGAGGCCAGAGCCUGGGAGGCCGUUGUGCUGGAAAAGCUGAACAAGCGCACUGCCCGAUGGAUCCAGAACAAGCGUCCUCUAAGGUCUGGUGUGUCCCCCAACAAGUGGCAGAGCUUCUUGCGCCAGCAGUAUGACUGGAGUCACAUCCGGGAUGAGCUCACUUCUGACAGCGACCUGGAGCUCUUGAAACAGCUAGAGGAAGAAGAGACAGCAGAAUUUGAGGGUCAAACUGUCAUCCUGCCCACCCAGGAAAAUAAGAAGCCAGAACUGCUGCUUCCUGUUUAUUACAGAUUGCCCAAUUACUUGCCACAAGUGCAGACUAUUGAAACCAUGCCUGACAAUAAUAUCGCUGAGGAUAUCAGUGGAAAGAGGAGCAUCUGCCAGCCCCGAAACCAGAGCUACUUCCGACAAGUAAAUUCCCGAGCUGGAAAGUUUGCUUACUCCACAGACAACACCUUUGAACAGGAGAUUUACUUUGAUAAAGUCCAGGUCAUCCACAAGAUUGGUGCAAAGAGAGACCAAAUUUUCCUGGAAAACCUCAAUCGGUAUGACAAGCAGCUAUGUACGGUCUUCCCUCAAAGCCCAGAAAGGUGGACUUCCCAGCCAGUUCCUGAAGCACCUUGUAGGCCUGUGAAAGGGGCCCCGCGCUGGACUGCUUUGCCCACCCCAGCCAAGGAUCUGCUGCUGCAGGCGGGUGAAGAGGACGCGCCCAUUAAGACCAGGAGACCCAAGAAGCUGUCAAAAUCACUGAAGGAGGACGUGACUUGGGAACUGGUGGUCCUGCAGAGGAUGCUGCAGGAAUGGAAGACUGCCUGGGCCCGAAUCAUUGAGUGGCACCAUGAGACAGCAGAGGGCCUGCUGCGGAGCUUGGGGGACAUGCAUGAUGACACCCGAAUCCAAGCCAUCCUCACAUGUGCCACAGCGGCUUUAGAACGGCCCCGGACUGUCACCAGCCAGGGGGACUCAGACAAGGAGCCCGUGAAAGCCCCGCCUAUCCAGGACUUGCCAGAGGUUCUACAGCCCGCCCUGGAGGCUGCUCUUUGUGACAAGAAUGAGCAUGUGCGGAUGGCAGCAGCAGUAUGCCAAUACGCCAUACAGUCACAUAAUCCCGUUGCCCGGGACAUCAUGCAGACUGCCCUUUUGAAGGGUAAUAGCGUGGACAGCUGGGCUGCAGCUCAGUGCUUGGCUCUGGAAGGUGCUGCCACUUACCCCGUGAUUAAGAGGAUCCUCCAUCAGCUGUUUACCAAGAGGAAUGAGGAAACUGAGCACCAGUCUUGUAUGCUCCUGAGCCAUCUCAGUGGGAAGACAACCCUGAUACACACCCUGCUUGCCGUGGAGCUGAACAGCCGUCAAUGGAAGGAUCGGAUUGUGGCCUGCCGGGCUGUCUCCCAGAUCAGUGGAAGUGUCAGUUUGGAUAUGAAACAUAAGUUGAUCCAGCUGAUGUUGAAUGACUGGCAUAAGGAAGUGAGACAAGCAGCUGCCCAAGCUCUGGGGCACAAGAGCCUUGGGAAGGAGGUGCAUGACACAAUCAGAGUCAAGCUGAGUCAAGGAAAUCCCCAGGAGCGUGUGGAAGCCCUCUCCCUGAUUGGUAGGCUCAAGCUCAUGACCGCCAAGCUUCUCCCAAGCUUCCUGAACUGCUUCUCUGAUGACUUCAUGGCAGUUCGACGGGCAGCCUGUUUGGCAGCAGGUGCCCUGCAGAUCCGUGAUGAGAUGGUCCUUGAAUGCCUUCUGAAUCUGACACAGAGAGAUCCUUACUGGAAAAUCAAGGCCUUUGCCAUUCGAGCUUUGGGACAGAUUGGCCAAGUGAGUCCCCAAGUGACAGACCUUCUGCUCUGGGCCAUCCACUAUGAAGAGUCACCAGGUGUACGACUAGAAGCUUGCCGUAGCAUCCUAGCCCUGAAACUUCAAGGAGACCGAGUCAGGGACACCUUCCUAGACGUGCUGCUCCUAGAGAACCACAAUGCUGUUCUAAAAGAAAUUCAUCAGGCAAUGAAGAUACUUAACUUAGAAAAUGAAGGAAACCAAGAAAUGCUUCAGGAGAUCAAGAACAGGAUUCAAACACUAAGCCAAAAGGACUUGCUGACGCAGAAAGUAUUCAAGAUUGAGAUGGUCAUAGGAAAAGUGAAGGAGGAAGCAAAACGUGUUUACUUGCAACCCAAAGAGGGGCAAAAGCCACUCAAAUUCAAUAGUUUUCUCCAAGAAACUUUUAAAGAUGAGGUGGUGGUUCCUAGAAGAUCAUUUGAGAUUUGUGACAUUGAAGAAGUCAUAAAGCCAGUGAGGCCCCGCACACCAAAUCCCUGGUCACAGAGUCCAGUCCUGGACCUAAACACAAGAAGAAGAGGUCACUCGUCACUUGUCAAAGAUCUACGCACCACCUGGGAAAAACGGAUUGCAAUGGGACCUUUCGGAUCUGACAACCCAGAUCUCUAGCUGGGUAAAUACUCAGAGAGAAAUUUUUUCCAGUGUCAUGUCCUCUUCCCCUGGAAGGAAAGGUGAUCAUUUCUAGAAUGAGCCCUUCUCUGCUCCAGGACACAGGCAUCAGCGGACCCAGUCACAUUCUGUCUCUUUAUUUGAGGUUGUAUAAUCUCUUUGUCAUUAUAAAAAAGAAUCUAUUUAACAG